CAAAUAAAACUUCCGGAUAAUUUGCCCUUAAAUAAAUGAAGUGAGAAAAUCGCCAGAAAAACGAUUAAUCAACUUUUGAGUGAGAUGGAAUCAGAGAAAGCGACGAAUGAGACCCUAGUCUCAGAAGAAGAUGUUGAGGAAGAAGUGGGAGUUGAUGAAAUUGGAGUAUCGAAAUCGACAUCGUUGGAUCAGAAGGAGAUUCUGAGAGUUUUGGAGGUCGUGGAGAGAGACUCGGUGGCGAUCGCCGACAGCUUCACCUCUCUCUUCGCUUCCCUACGCUUGGCUCUCGCCGAGGUAACAAGCACUUCAGUUGACCAUAUGCAAUGCUUCAGUGAUGCUGCAGGCCGACUUCAAGAAUGUGCACUUGAUGCAGCAACAAAAGGGAAUCACUAUAUAAAUUCCUGUCUCAGAUUAAAUGAGGAAAUAAAAGGCAUGGAUAGUCUAGCCACACAACUAAAAAUUCUGAGGAAGAACGUAGAUACUUUGGACUCGGCUGUGAAUAGGCUCCUCCGUCUUCCAUGAUGGUGAUAUUCUUGACACUGAUUUUGUCAGUUGCAAAGAUUGCUUCUUCAAAUUUCUUUGUACCUGUGAUGUGCUAGUUUACUUGAUUAUUUUUUUAAUGAUUGUUUCGGUGUGGUUGAUAUUACCUCUAUACUAAUAUAUGAAGGCUAUUGGUGUUCUGUGGAUUUUGUUCCAUGCCAAUAUUAUCCUCAAAUUGUCCAUUUA